ACGCUGGCUCAGCCCAGCCAGAGGGCCAGUGUGGGGUUGGGGGCGGGGGGCGGGGCUGAGCGGCCCUGGCGGCCUGGCCUGGACGGGGCGGGGGAGGCCAUGGCCUCAGCAGAGUUGCAGGGGAAGUACCAGAAGCUGGCUCAGGAGUACUCGAAGCUUCGGGCUCAGAAUCAGGUCCUUAAAAAAGGUGUUGUGGAUGAGCAAGCCAAUUCUGCUGCUCUAAAGGAACAACUGAAAAUGAAGGACCAGUCACUGAGGAAGCUGCAACAGGAAAUGGACAGCUUGACGUUUCGGAAUCUACAGCUGGCCAAGAGGGUCGAACUGCUUCAGGACGAGCUAGCGCUCAGUGAGCCUCGAGGCAAGAAGAACAAGAAAAGCGGAGACACUUCUCAGCUGAGUCAAGAGCAAAAGAGCGUCUUUGAUGAGGAUCUGCAAAAGAAGAUUGAGGAGAACGAGCGACUGCACAUACAGUUCUUUGAAGCCGUUGAGCACCACAAGCAUGUGGAAGCAGAGCUGAGGAGUCGGCUGGACACUUUGGAGACAGAAGCAGCCCAGCACCAAGCUGUGGUUGAUGGCCUGACCCGGAAGUACAUGGAGACCAUUGAGAAACUACAGAACGACAAGGCUAAGCUAGAAGUAAAAUCUCAGACUCUAGAAAAGGAGGCCAAGGAAUGUCGACUUCGAACAGAAGAAUGUCAAUUACAGUUAAAGAAUCUUCAUGAAGAUUUGUCAGGUAGAUUAGAGGAAUCCUUAUCAAUCAUCAAUGAAAAAGUACCUUUUAAUGAUACAAAGUAUACCCAAUACAAUGCUCUCAACGUCCCAGUGCACGAUAGGCGGCAUCAGCUGAAGAUGCGAGAUAUUGCUGGGCAGGCCCUGGCUUUUGUUCAGGAUCUUGUGACAGCUCUUCUGAACUUUCACACCUAUACAGAACAGAGGAUUCAGAUUUUUCCUGUUGAUUCUGCCAUAGACACUAUAUCGCCAUUGAAUCAGAAGUUCUCCCAACACCUUCAUGAAAAUGCAUCCUAUGUCCGCCCCCUGGAGGAAGGAAUGCUUCAUUUGUUUGAAAGUAUUACUGAGGAUACUGUGACUGUCCUGGAGACAUCUGUGAAAUUGAAAACAUUUUCAGAUCAUCUAACUUCCUACAUACGUUUCCUUAGGAAGAUUCUUCCUUACCAGUUAAAAAGUUUAGAAGAAGAGUGUGAAUCUUCUCUCUGUACAUCUGCAUUAAGAGCCAGGAACCUCGAGCUGUCCCAGGACAUGAGGAGGAUGACAGCUGUGUUUGAGAAGCUGCAGACUUAUAUCGCUCUCCUUGCCUUGCCAAGUACUGAGCCAGAUGGACUCCUUCGGACAAACUUCAGUUCCGUCCUAACAAAUGUCAGUGCUGCUCUGCAUGGCUUUCAUGAUGUCAUGAAAGAUAUUUCCAAACAUUAUAGCCAAAAAGCUACAAUAGAGCAUGAACUUCCAACAGCAACACAGAAGCUGGUAACAACCAAUGACUGUAUCUUGUCGUCAGUAGUGGCGUUAACAAAUGGAGCAGGAAAGAUUGCAUCUUUCUUCAGCAACAAUGUAGACUACUUCAUUGCUUCACUUAGCUAUGGGCCUAAGGCAGCCAGUGGAUUCACUAGCCCUCUUUCAGCUGAAUGCAUGCUACAGUAUAAGAAGAAAGCUGCGGCCUACAUGAAGGCUUUGAGAAAGCCUCUCUUAGAGUCUGUGCCUUAUGAAGAAGCACUGGCUAACCGCCGGGUUCUUCUUAGCUCUACUGAAAGUCGAGAAGGCCUUGCACAGCAGGUUCAACAAAGUUUGGAAAAGAUUUCUAAACUAGAGCAGGAAAAAGAGCACUGGAUGUUGGAAGCACAGUUAGCCAAAAUCAAGCUGGAGAAAGAAAACCAGCGAAUUGCAGACAAGCUGAAGAGCACUGGUGGCGGACAGCUGGCUGGGCUGGCCCGGGACACUGCUGCCCCGCCCGGCACUCCUAGCCAAGAGGAAGCUGUGGUGAAGGUCCUGGCAGAGCCUGUUCAGAGCACCAGUCUGAUUGGGGUUUUAACCAGGACAUCGGACAGUAAGGUUCCAGAAUUGGAGUCCCGUGAAGACUUGAUUAAAAAUCACUACAUGGCAAGGAUAGUGGAGCUCACGUCUCAGCUGCAGCUGGCUGACAGUAAGUCAGUGCAUUUCUACGCCGAGUGCCGAGCCCUCUCUAAAAGACUAGCCUUGGCGGAGAAGUCAAAGGAGACACUGACAGAGGAGACGAAGCUGGCCAGUCAGAACAUCAGCAGGCUUCAGGAUGAGCUGACAACCACCAAGAGGAGCUAUGAGGAUCAGUUAAGUAUGAUGAGUGACCAUCUGUGCAGCAUGAACGAGACACUGUCCAAACAGAGGGAAGAGAUUGACACGCUCAAGAUGUCCAGUAAGGGAAAUUCUAAGAAGAACAAGAAUCGAUAGUUUACAAGUAACUGGUCAGUGACUGUCCCUUCCAGAGCUGCUGCUGCUGCCGCCCAGAGCCAUAGGACCGAGACUCCAUAGCCAGUGCCAGUGGCCUUCAGGAACUGAAGUGUUGUUGGACCUAGUGAACAUGUUCAUGUACAUGACCUUGAGACACUUAAAGUAUAUUUGUAAACAGCAAGGCAAAUACAGAAUUUGAUGUUGAUUGUCAAAUGGAAAAAAUAGACAUACCAUGGAUAGUGUAGGUUUCCUUACGCUGUUUUUACUGUGUACUUUUUACAAUUAGGUUUUAAUUUCUGUAUGUAAGAACAACAAAUAUUUUGUAUAUUUUCACAGUCAAUUAUAUGGUAGUUGAUUUGGUAUCUGGACUAGAUAAGAUAAAUGUUUCUGGAUAAAAUGCGUAAA